CGUAUAUACUGGACGCAGAACACAUCGAGUUACUCCAUCAGCUUCAUCAAUCCAUCCUCACGAGCAGCUCGCACCACCUUUGCGAUCACCUUCACCCGUUCAUCGCCUGAGUUCUGCAAGCGGCGCCGUCGUCAGCUAGCCAUGGCCGCUGCACGGACGUAUGUCGACUUCGUGCCGUCGCACGAGCUCGUCGAGGACACCCGCAAGCAUACCCUCGUCGUCAAUCUCCCAGGGUUCAAGAAGGAGCACCUGAGGGUGCAGAUCGACAAAUACGGCCGGCUGAGGAUCAGCGGCGAGCGGCCGCUGGAGGGCGGCCAGUGGAGCCGGUUCCGCAAGGAGUUCCAGGUCCCCGAGGGCUGCGACGCCGGCGGCAUCCGCGCCAGGUUCGAGAAGGACGGCGUCCUCCACGUCACCAUGCCCAGGCUCACGCCCCUCGAGGACGAACCAAAGGCCGCGGCCGACGCUGCCGGCGACGCAGAAGCUGGGCGGCUCGCCGCCGCCGCUGCUGCAGAAGAGAAGAAGCGCCAGGAGGAGACGGAGGAGGACGCGAGGAAGUGUCAUGCGGGUGACGAGGACGGCCACGCCAGCGACGAAGGCGAAGGCGCACGCCAGGCGGCGUCUGCCGGUGGGCAGGCGUACGGCUUCGCCAGGGACCGGAGCAGGAGCGGGAUGGUGCGGGCACUGCUCCUCGCCGUGGCCGUGGCCUUGGUUGGCGUUGCUGGCUUGUAUGCUCGGUACAGGUGGAUGGACCCGUCGGCUGAGACGGCGCCGGCAGAUGGUGCUAUCGUCGGCCUCUUUGACUACUGAUCACAAACACCAUCCAGAUAAGAUCAUUCGAGAAAAACAGUGACGAAGAUACCGGACGACAAGAGCCCUCGUCUGAAAAUACUUGUGAAUAUAUAUGGUCUCACUAUUUUAACUUUUACAUAAUCAAUCGGUUCUUGUACAUAUGGGCAUAGCACUCUAUUGUCAAAACAAGAAAAGGAUCAGAUUUGC